AUCAAAUGUUCCAAAGGAAAUAAUUAAUAAUCGAUACUCAACUUAAAUGAGAUGUGCAUUAUACGGUCCCCACUUUGACACCGAUUAUGGCUUUUAAGCAAAAUUACUUACAAAAAAGGUUCUCUCUCCAUGAGACUCCAAAGCGAUUAGGGUUUUGAACCUUCAUUUGCCGCCGCCGGUCUGGCCUCUUGCCUUCCGGUGAGAAACUCUUCUUUCUCCCUCCUCUUUUUUUCUUCCAUGGGGUUAAUGGUGACUUCUCCAGUCUCAGAGUCAUUGUUGCUCCUUCCUCCACCUCCUGAACCGCCGCCGUCUGCUCUUCCUCUAGACCUUUUUGGUGGGAUCCCUGCCCCCGACCCUCCUGAUCCUCCUGACCCUCCGGACAUGUUCGGUGAAUCAGAUCUGUCGUCUCUCCCCUGUCUCUGUUUCACACUAACAGCUGCAAAGUCUCAUCUGUUUAAUUGUACGACAACAGCUUGCUCAGUCUGUUUGUUGCUCGUACCUCUUAGAGUGAAGCUUGUUAGGCAUCUCCUUCUCCCUACUGCCGGUUGCAGAUCUUGGAUCUAUGAUUUUGUCUGGGGAAACGAUUUCUCCAUGUUCUUGAGCUUAUUUUCGAAAGGUAUACUACUACUCAGAAAGAUAGGAGAUGGAUUCAAAAAAGCCAACCUUGGCUCUUUACUUUCAGACUUGUUUGUCUGUCCGUGGUGGUUCUUGCAACUCCACACCCUUUUAUGGUUGAGGAUCUCCUCACAAUUCCAAGGCUCAUCAAAAAGGUGCAUGAUCACCUUUGUAGCCAAGCUUCUUGCUGUUUUCUAUGCAUUUGUUGCGGCAGCAUGUUCGGGUAGCAGCUCACCGAGUGUGGCUUCUGAUUCCCGUGGCAUCAUCUCACCGAUUAGCACUAGGGGUUCACUCUUAAGUUGCUUGUGUGUUAUGUUUGCUUAUAUCUAUGUUUAUGUUACCUGCUUUGCAUGUGAUGCAGCAGUUUCUUUAGCUAGUCUAGCUCUGUUAUAUUACUUGUUGAACGAUUACUCUUUUGAUGGAGUCUAAGCUUAGUUUAUGAAAGUUGGUUUGAACAAAAAAAAAA